CACGCGAGAUUCUGGCGACAAAUGACAACUGAAAGGUUGGACUAAACUCUGCGGUUGCGGAGGCGAACGACGGGACCUGGAGGUGGAGUUUGGCGCUAAUUUCGUACGACGCGAGGCUGAGAUCAUCAUAUAUCAUCCCCAGUUCUCGGGAACUUUGGCUGAAGUAAACAAGCCCGGAGGACACACGCACGCCACUUUUAUUCCGCGGUUUCCACAUCGCAGCAGCUCAUUCCUCUCUGCUUCGCUCCGUCAGCGAGUCAGUAACCGUCAGUGACUUGUGUGUCACCGCCACGCGGCGUCUUCGCUCACACGCACGAGCUCGGAUCUGGCCGCGGCAGAGACGCGAGUGAAGAAGAGAAGCGAAGAAGCGAAGAAGAAGAAGUGAGGAGGAGCGGGUGCCCAACAGAACCUUGACUUGAUCAGCUGUGCUGUAGCGGGAGGAGAUGGUCAUCGCUGGUCGCCACUGCGGGGAGCACAUGGUCAAUAACGGUCCCCGAGCUCAUGGACCCAAAGGUCCGAAGUCCGGUGCGGACUCUCUUAAUAAUAAUAAUCCUAAUAAUAACCCUCCUCCGGACGCUCGUCGCACUUUUUCUUACACGAAGAAGGUUGGGAACUAUCUCGUGGGAAGGAAACUGGGAGAAGGCUCCUUCGCCAAGGUCCGAGAAGGUCUGCACACCGUGACCGGAGAGAAGGUGGCUGUGAAGGUAAUGGAUAAACGGAAAGCGAAGAAGGACUCGUACAUGACGAAGAACCUCCGGCGCGAGGGGCACAUCCAGCAAAUGGUCCGUCAUCCGAACAUCGUGCAGCUCCUGGAUGUCCUUGAGACGGAGAGCAGCUACUAUCUCGUGAUGGAGCUGUGCACGGGCGGGAGCAUCAUGGACCAGCUGCUUGAGAAGAAGCGCAUGGGGGAGACGGAGGUCCGCAAGUAUGUCCGGCAGCUCGUGGAGGCCGUGGAGCACCUGCACCGGGCGGGAGUGGUCCACAGAGACUUGAAGGCGGAGAAUAUCCUGUUGGACGAAAAUGACAACGUCAAGCUCACAGAUUUUGGACUUAGCAACUGCGCCGAGAUGCUGGGCUACACCGAUCCAUUUAGCACGCAGUGCGGAAGUCCGGCUUACGCUGCCCCAGAACUGCUCUCCCACAAGAAGUACGGGCCCAAGGUGGACGUCUGGUCCAUAGGCGUGAACAUGUACGCCAUGUUGACUGGCAAUCUGCCGUUCACCGUGGAGCCAUUCAAUUUCCGAUCGCUGCUUCAGAAGAUGGUGGACAAGAACAUGAAUCCUCUGCCUCCUCAUCUCUCCCCAGCUGCUGUUAGUUUGCUCAAGAGCCUUUUGGAACCCGAUCCCGCUCGGAGGCCUAGUAUCCAUCAAGUCAUGUCUGACCCAUGGUUUCACCUCGGCAGUCCGCAGCUUGAUUCUCACCUGAACAAGGUCCACCCGGACGAGGUCAACCACGCGGUGGUCCUUCGCAUGACUGAGCAGAUGGGUUACCAGUACGGCGAGGUCAUGAAUGCCGUUCUGACAAACAGGGCCUGCCACACAUUGACCGUCUACUUCCUGCUUGACAGGAGGGGGAAGAGGCUGACCAAGGUGCAGCAGGAACAGCAGAUUCCUGAAAACCAGUGGACGAAACAUGCUUACGUCAAUGCCGCUUCACCGACACGGACACCCGCGUGCUUUCACGUGAAGAAGAAUCCGCCAACUGAAAACAACCAGGGAGCAGGCCUGCAGAUGGAUGCAUCCUCAUCCCUGGGGUACUUUGGCAUUUCUUCUGCACUUCCCUACUCGUCUCAGUCCAUCAGGCAUCAGGACGCUGUGACUCUGGCAAAUGGUGGCUCAGAACAGGUUGAGUCUCAGCUCCCCAUCCCUUCGAGGACUUUGGUGCACUCCAGGAACUCAGCCUUCAAAGAGCCACAUAAAUCACAGCCAGCACCCUGGUACAAACUUGUCAACGGCAGCCUUCCUGCUCCCCGUCAGCCAUCAGCCUUCCAGCCCUAUAGCCCCUACAUGAAGAAAGUCCUGGCUUCGAGCCCAUCUGCCGAGCUGGAGCCCCAGGGCACAACAGGCCAGUCAAAUUGGGGUUGCUUGGAGUCCAGCAACAGGAGCAGCGCCCAGCAGUACAGUCCCAAGCGCCAGGGCAAGGUACCCUCCAUGAGUCAGGGAAACAUCCUCAAAAGCCGCAGUCCGCCGUUCCGCCUUAUGGCAGCCCCUCCUGCUGGACUACAGCUGCCUAUGGCCCCACCUCCACACCACCUGCGGAAAUUGUUCUGCACAUCACGUGCUCUUAGAAUCCCGUGUUGAAGCAUUCUUGGAGAACAUUCUUCACGCAAGCCCCUUGUGCUUUCAGUCGAAACUAGUUUGUCUGAAUGCUUGGGGAAACCUCCUUCACCCCAUCCUCACCACCAGCUCCAUUCCCUGUUUACAAAAAAAGUUUUUUGUAUGUGUGUUUUUUUACUUACAAGAAAGUGCAAUAGCUCGAUCUGAGAUAUCAGAUCUUUUGUGUGAAAUGCAAUCCUAAUAUAGCAUCAACCCAUUACGACACUGUGAACUUUAACUGUACUAAAUUUGUUGUUCUCACUGAGACCUCUGAUCUCUUUAAAGCUGGAACAAGAGCACUACCACUGAAAGUUCCAUUUAGAUCAUUUCCACUCUUCACAGAAGAUAUUGGUUUUUACAUAACAUUUCAUCAUGCCUUCCAAAUGUGUCAGAUGUGUGUUAGUAUGUUGCCGAGGCAGUCAGUGGGUCUUCUCUGAGCCGCAUUAUAAUGUGCCACCACCUUAUUAAAUCUGGGUAUAUGACAAUCUGAGAUCAAAUACAUUUUGUCGACAUGUUUAUAUGAUUUUUGUACUUUUAUAUAAAAUAUAUCAAUGUAUUUAUGUUAUAAAAUAAAUGGAAAAUGAACAACGCUCUUUCAAUUUCAUUGUGAA